AUGAGCAAUAAGUAUGUAACCCCCUUUCCGCACCCCAAGCAAAGCCAGGCAGGACCCGAGCGCUUCACUUGGCCGUAUCCCGCCACGGGCCCACCGCCACAGGGUCGCCCGCACCGGCCACGGCCUCCCUGGCCCCGAGGCGGCCUCGCAAAGGAGAAGGGGGCCCGCCCUGGGAUGUGCCAGCGGAGCCGCGACCCUUCGGCCCGGCGGAGACUUCGACGCCCGGUUCGGCCCCGCUGCCCGCUCCAUGCGCCCCGCUCCAUGCGCCUCGCCCCACGCCAGCCCCGCUCACCCCCGCCGCGGCCGGGACCACCCCGAGCACGCCCCGAGGGGCGGAGGGGCCGAAACGCACACGCCGCACCCCCGCCGUGGGCAUCCCGGCCCGGCCGGAAAGGGAGGGGAGCUCGGCGAGAGCAGCCCGGUGAGGGGCGGCCGGCGGCGCCCCCGGCCCGCCACGAGCCGCCCAGGGAGGCGGGGGUGGCGAGGAGGCCCCGGCGCCCUCCCCCGCCGAGCGGAGCCGCCCCCUCGCUGCCGGGCAGCGCCCCGGGGCACCGCCCCCGCCCGCACUCACCCGCCGAGCCCAGCAGCAGCCACAGCAGCCACAUGGCCCCGCGCCGGCCGCCCCGCAAACUUCGGGGCUGCUCCGCCAGUCCGGCCCGACGGAGCCUGCGGCGGGGAGCGGCGGUGCGGGGGCCGGCCCGGGGGAGGGCCCGGGGGUGGCACCGCCGCCGCCGCCCCGCCCCACUGGGCGGCCGUGCCCACCCGCGGCUGCCGCCGCCCGGCCCGCACGGCUGA